AUGGAGUUUUACCUGGAGAUCGACCCUGUCACCUUGAACCUCAUCAUCCUAGUUGCAAGCUACGUCAUUUUACUUUUGGUGUUCCUCAUCUCCUGCGUGCUGUAUGACUGCCGGGGCAAGGAUCCCAGCAAGGAGUACGCACCGGAGACCACACUGACCGCCCAGCCUUCCAUCCGAGUGGUGGUGACGCAGCGUAGCGCUCAUGGAUCCCACUGGGUAAGGGGACCCAGCCUUCAUUUUAAGGAUCCCGCUCCAAUAGGGAAGAAAAGCACCGUGGUAUGAGACUGGAUACGGGAUGUCGGGGAGAGACCACCAAAUGCAGCAGGAAACAGCUGUUCCUGUUGUGGCUCCAGUUCUCUCCCCAAAUGCAGGUCCUGACUGGAGGAGGAAACUGAGGCUCUGUCUUACUACCCACCCUCUGCUCAAGCAACUGUUUAAGGUCUGCUUGAUGAUUGGCUGACCCUUUUUUUCUGCUGAGGACCUGUGUGGAGUUGAAAGACGAAUCCAUCUUCGGGGACAUCUCAUGGCCUCAGAAUGCGGGAGGGCACUAGAGAGAACACUG